AUGCAACAGGGAGUGCGCCUGCGAGUUGUAGGAGUAUGUGACAGUAAAUCGUUGCUUGUUGCCUUGGAUGUGUUCACCAUGGAGUUAGAUGAUACCUUUUUGAUGGAAGUUUGCCGGGUCAAGUUGAAUGGCUCUUCUCUGCUGACACUUAGCAAUGUUGAUGGGCCUUUUCCAAUGAAUUACUUGUUGUCUCCUCUGAUGUCGGAUUCUUUGGCAGAGCUGCCUCGUUCUAUCAGUUACCGCGAAUGCCAAAUAUUCUCGAAUCCAGAAUCUAUGAGAAAGCUUGCUGAUAUUGCUGCUCUUCUGGUUAGAUCAACAGGUUUGGCAUUUGUUGAUUGCUCUGCUAGUUCUGAGACCAUUGGAGUGCUAAGUCGGGUAGUAGAUAUGGGUUGUUGUGUAGUGCUAGCUAAUAAGAAGCCUCUGACCUCUUCAAUGGCUCCUGAGAGUUUUUGUCAAAAUUCUGUCUUUUCCAUGUCUUCAUUUGCCAUUCAAGGACCAGAGGACACAAGAACUGAAGAUUAUGACAAGUUGGUCUCACAACCACGGCGUAUUCGGCAUGAGUGCACUGUUGGUGCUGGCCUUCCUGUCAUAGCAUCCUUAAAUCGUAUGCUUUCCUGUGGAGAUCCAAUCCACCGUAUUAUUGGGAGUUUGAGUGGUACAUUGGGAUACGUAAUGAGUGAGGUAGAAGAUGGAAAGCCGUUCAGCCAAGUUGUUAAAUCUGCUAAAAGCCUUGGCUACACUGAACCAGAUCCUCGGGAUGAUCUCAGUGGGAUGGAUGUGGCAAGAAAGGCUCUGAUCCUUGCUCGACUUCUUGGACGCCGUAUUAACUUGGACAGCAUUAAGAUUGAAAGCUUGUACCCUGUUGAAAUGGGACCUAAUUUUAUGUCUGUGGAAGACUUUUUGUUGAAUGGCCUCCCGUCGAUUGAUAAGGACAUCCAACAGAUGGUUGAAAAGGCUUCUUCAAAUGGAAAUGUUCUGCGUUAUGUCUGUGUUAUUGAGGACUCAAGGUGUGAAGUUGGUAUUCAAGAGCUUCAGAAAGAUUCUCCUUUGGGAAGAUUAAGAGGAAGUGACAAUGUGAUCCUCGGGAUGAUCUCAGUGGGAUGGAUGUGGCAAGAAAGGAAUGAGAACAAUUAUUCACUUUGUUGUCAUUCUGGCCUAUCAAGGGAUACUAUGAUUAUGGGUUUAGUGGUAGACCCAGCAAAUAAGGCUCUGAUCCUUGCUCGACUUCUUGGACGCCGUAUUAACUUGGACAGCAUUAAGAUUGAAAGCUUGUACCCUGUUGAAAUGGGACCUAAUUUUAUGUCUGUGGAAGACUUUUUGUUGAAUGGCCUCCCGUCGAUUGAUAAGGACAUCCAACAGAUGGUUGAAAAGGCUUCUUCAAAUGGAAAUGUUCUGCGUUAUGUCUGUGUUAUUGAGGACUCAAGGUGUGAAGUUGGUAUUCAAGAGCUUCAGAAAGAUUCUCCUUUGGGGAGAUUAAGAGGAAGUGACAAUGUGGUUACUGUUAGUGCUUUAUUUUGUUGGUGCACAAGGAUCUUUGUUGUCCUAUUGAAUAUCAAGAGUUGUUUGUAG